AAAAAAAAACAAAAACAUAAAUAUAAUUUGAAACGAAACUACAAAAUAUCAACAUUAUCAUCGUUCGUUUAAUGAACGAAUAAACGAAACGAAUAAAAUAGAAACAAAUAAUAUUUUUAGAGAGUUAGAGUAGAGGCAACGAUAAAAAAUAGUGCUACUCUGUUAGUACGCUACCAAGUUCAUCAUAAUAAUUUUAGUUUAGUAGUUGUACUUUGUCUUGAAGUAUGAUACAAGCGCAGCUACAUCGCGAAUUAAAAACAAAAUAAAAUAUAAAAUAAUAAUAAAAAAAAAAUAAAUAGUAAUAUUACAUAGUAUUAAUAAAAACGAAUAAAAAUAGAAUAUAAAUGUACAUCAAAUUUAAAGAAUUAUACAUUAAUAUUUAAAUAUUUUGUUAUACAAUAAAAAUAAAUAAAUAAAUAUUAAUAAAAACAAAAAGUAAUAAGGUAAAAGCAAAAGAAUUUUUUUUUUGUUUAGUAAAUGAAUCAGUUCCUGCUAAACGGUAGAACAUGAUAUUAAUUUUAAAAAUUAUCCUUUAAAACAACAAAAUAACAUUUACACAUACAAAUACAUAUUACAUAUAUGUUUAUAUGUAUAUUUUUGCGUAAAAUUACAUGUAUUAUUAAAAUUUGACAUUUGUGACUUUAAUGAAUGUCAACUCGUUAAUAAUUUUACUUAUAUUACUUUUAUAAUAAACAUUUUAACACUUAAAACAAAAAAUUUAAUAAAAUGAAAUUUUAAUAUGAAAAUAUUACGUUCUAAAUAUUAUAUUGCUAAUAUAUUAUUAAAAUUUUUAUUAUUUUAAAGUAAUGUAUUCAAAGAGAAGAAAGAAAUGAUACAAAAUCGAACUUUUGUAAUUACUUACAAAAACAACGAUUAUAUAAAAAAAACAGCUGUUAUAGGUAAUAAAAUAUAUUGACAACACUAUUAAAGUGACAUCACACAAAAUUCGGAAAACAAAAAAAUUUUAUGUUUAAUAAAAAGAAAAACAAAAUAACUAUAAAAUAAUUUGAAAAAUAAUUUCUUUAUCUAAUACAACCAUUAUAUACAAUUGGCUGAAAUAAUAAAUAUUCUUUAUGAUGCUAUGAAUCUCAAUAUUGAUGGAAAUUAUUUUAAAUUGAAUAAAAAACUCAACAUAUCAGAAACAUCGAAUAGUCAAUACUUAAAAAAAAAAAAGAAAUUUAUAAAGAAUAAAGUACAUUAAAAUAUUAGAAGAAGAUUGGAAUAUAAAAUUUAUUAUAGCAAUAUUGAAAAUAUUAAAAAAUAAGAAAUCUCAAAAAUUCCCCAAAACUGCCAUUACUUUUCAAUAAAAAAAAAAAACAGGAAUAAACUUAGAGAAAGACGAUAAAUAACAACAAGCAAAAUGUAUAAGGUGCUCGGUGGUCUUAAAAGUUAUUUUAAAAUCCAAGCAAUUCAAACUGAUAACGCUGUAUUUCGAUUACAUAAUAUAUUUACAACAGUACUGUUAUUAUCAUGUAGUUUAACAAUAACAGCAACACAAUUUGUUGGUAAUCCAAUUAGUUGUAUUGUUAAUGGAAUACCAGCUCACGUUGUCAAUACAUUUUGUUGGAUAUCAAGUACUUUUACUAUGCCAGAUGCAUUCCGAAGACAAGUUGGAAAAGAAGUAGCACAUCCUGGUGUUUCAAAUGAUUUCAAUGAUGAAGACGCUAAAAAAUAUUAUACAUAUUAUCAGUGGGUAUGCUUUGUGCUCUUUUUCCAGGCAAUAGCAUGUUAUACACCAAAAUUUUUAUGGGAUGCAUUUGAAGGUGGUCUUUUACGAACAAUUGUUAUGGGAAUGAAUUUAGCAAUAUGUCCUGAAGAAGAAAAAUGUGCAAAACGAGGAGCUCUCUUGGAUUAUUUAUUAAAGCAUAUAAAGCGUCAUAAAUUAUAUGCAAUACGUUAUUUUAUUUGUGAAUUUUUAUGCCUUAUAAAUAUUGCAGUUCAAAUGUAUUUAAUGAAUAAAUUUUUUGAUGGUGAAUUUUAUUCAUAUGGAUUACGUGUUAUGGAAUUAUCUGAAAUACCACAAGAUCAACGUAUUGAUCCAAUGGUAUAUGUAUUUCCUCGUGUAACAAAAUGUAUUUUUCAUAAAUAUGGUGCAUCAGGAUCAAUACAAAAACAUGAUUCAUUGUGUAUAUUGCCUUUAAAUAUAGUCAAUGAAAAAACUUAUAUAUUUAUAUGGUUUUGGUUUAUAAUAAUGCUAAUAUUAUUAUGUGGAUUAAUGGUAUUUAGAGCUGUUAUAAUAUUUUGGCCCAAAAUGAGAUCAAAAAUUUUAAAUGCACGUAAUCGUAUGGUACCACGUGAAAUAUGUGAAUCAUUAUCAAAUAAAUUAGAUAUUGGUGAUUGGUGGUUAAUAUAUAUGUUGGGUGUUAAUUUAGAUCCUGCAAUUUAUAAAGAUGUUAUGGCUGAAUUAGCAAAACAAAUAGAACCGAAACGUAAUAAAUCCUAAAUAAAGCUCAAGAAAAAAUAAAUAAAAUUAUUAAUAUGUGCUCAUACUAAAAUUAUAUUUUAUAUAUAUUUUUGGGAAAUUAAAUAAAAUAGCUGUGUAAAAUUUAUUAAAACAAAAGACAAAAAUUUAAAAGAAAAUUUUGAAUAUAAAUGUAUAAAAAUAAGAAAUAAAUCAAAAUGUCUUUAUGAGAAAAUAAUAUAAGGGAUUCUAAUAUUUUACUAAAUUAUAAAUGCAAUAAUUAUUUAAUAUUUAUUAAAUUGAUGUCAAUAUUUUGUAACAUUAUGUAUUGAAAUUUAAAAGUAAAAUAAAUUGUUUAUUUGAUGAUAUUGUAAUUGGUUAGAGAAAUUGUGGAAGUAAUUUUGAAUUAUAAUAAGUAACAGUAAUAUAACAGUAAUAAUAAGAAUCCCGCAUAUUUAAUAUGAAUUGAUUUACAUAAUACGAUUAUUAUUAAAAAUUUCUUGAAAAAUUUUCAAAAUAAAUAAGGAAAAAAAUUUGAAAAUUGUAACUUACAUACGUAAAAACCGAAUUUGUAAAUUAAUAUAUUAUGAAUCUUAAAGCUUAAAUUAAUAAUAUUACAUAUGUAUAUGCAUAUACAAGUGAUAUUGUAAGAUUAAAAAAAACAUAUGAGCAAUAUAAAACCGAAUUUUCUCUUCUAAUGAAAAAUCACUAAUUUCAUUAAAUAUAAUAAACUUCUAUAUGUAUAUACAUAUGUAAAUAAUUAUGUAAUUAAGUUUAAAAAUUAUAGAAUAGAAAUAAAUUUUCAAAAAUAUUACUUUGAAAUAAAUGAGGAAUAAAUGAGGAAUAAUUAAAAAAAAAAUUCAAUUUUUAAGAAUAUUUUUGAAAUUAAAAUCAAUGUAUUAAAAAAAAAUGGUAGCUGCCUUUCAAAAAUUUUUUUAAGAAAAUAAAAUUAUAAUAAAAAUAAAACAAUAUGGCAGAUUAAUAGAUGCCAUUUAAUUUAUAGUAAUUGAUAUUAUUAAGUUAAUUAAUUAUUAAUUUUAUUUUCUAAUUUUACAAAUGAUCACAACUCGUAAAUAUUAAAAAUUUUUGAGAAAAUUUUUGUUUUUUUUUUUUAAAGUAUAUGUAUGUAUACAUAUUUUCAGUGUAUAUACAUACAUAUAAUUUUUUAAAUAUACAUUUUAAAUAUGAGUAAAGACACUUAUUCAUCACAUAUUUUAAAAUAUUUUAAUAAUUUUGUAUAAUAUUAUUGACAAGCCAUAAAUGGUUAAUAAAAAUUUUAUAUUUAAUGUUUUAUUUUAGUUUUUUUUUUAAUUUUAUUUAAUUUUUAAAUUUAUUAUGUUAUGUAUACGUAUAUGUAAUUAAAUUAAAAGAGAAUUUAUUUCAAAUUUAUUUUAUAUAAUAUUAUAAAAAAAAAAACAUUUCUAAAAGAAAAAUAUUGUAAACACACAAUUAUUUUGUAGCAAUGUUUAAAGAUUUUAUUUUUUAAAUGGGAAGACACAGAAAAAAAAAGAGAAAUCAAUUUUAUGAGAAUAUAAGAAUAAAGAAAAAUUAUAUUUUUCUAAAAUUUUUAAAUAAUAGCGAUUAUAGUAAAAAAUAUACAUAUAUUAUAAUAUAAGAAUAACAUAAAAAUAAAAUAAAUAUAAUCAUGCCGAGU